CUUUGCUUCCCGAUCAUGCUCGGAGUUUUCUACUUCACGUCUCCAUCUCUAAGACUUUUAAUAGGUCUGUUGCCAAUGGACAAGUGCUCUUUAGAAAGUGGAAAGAUGCUGAAUCUGGACUACAGUGUUGAUGCCACCUUAAACCUUUGGUCUAGACGUGACGUCCAAACAUGCACAUCUUGGAAAGCUCCCAUCAUCUGGGAGGGGAUGUUUGAUCCUGAUCUUUAUGACCAGAUGCACAAGAAGGAGGGAACCUCGGUGGCUUUAACUGUGUUUGCAGUGGGCAGGUACCUAGAGGAAUACCUUGAGACCUUCCUGAACUCAUCAGAGAAACACUUCAUGUUGGGUUUGCCGGUGUCGUACUAUGUAUUUACAGACAUGCCAGAGAAAGUGCCAGAAAUCAAGCUCGGUCAUGAGCGAAGCCUGAAAGUGAUCAAAGUGGAACGACACUCCAGGUGGCAGGACGUGUCUAUGAUGCGAAUGAAGACGAUAUUAGAUGCGAUAGAGUCGGACAUUCGCCACCACUGUACGCAUGUCUUCUGCUUCGAUGUGGAUCAGGUGUUUUCUGGGAGAUUUGGUUCUGAGGCUCUGGGAGACUCGGUAGCUCUGCUCCACGCCUACUACUACCGCAUUCCAGAGAAGCUCUUCACCUACGACCGCAACCCAAAGUCCAAAUCGUACAUGGAAACCGGGGAUUUCUACUACCAUGCUGCGGUCUUUGGCGGCUCGUGGAAAAGCGUAAAAGCCCUGACUGAGGCCUGCUACCGAAACAUCAUGGAGGAUAAACGAAACAAUGUGGAGGCUUUGUGGCACGACGAGAGUCAUCUAAACAAGUACUUUUGGCUUCACAAACCAAGCCGGGUGCUUUCGCCAGAGUACUGCUGGGACACCAAUAUCGGUUACAGAAGUGACAUUCGAGUCACUCGACUACUGUGGGCACCAAAACAUUAUGACGCACUGCGCACUCCUUAGUGUGUUUUACAUGGAGAAAUGUGCCAAAUCACCUACUAUACAGUGCCUAUAAAAAGAAUUCACCCCCAUUAGGAAGUUUCCUCCUUUUGUUGCUUUUAACACAGAGUCACGGUCAAUAUAAUUUGACUUUCUGACAAUUUAAAAAAAGACCUUUUCAUGUCUAAGUUUAUACACAUUAAUGUCAGUCAGUUAAAGAAAAUAUAAUGCAAAAUACCACAAUUACAUCUGUGUCUCAGUCAGACCUGCACAUCUGGACACAUUUUACCCAGUUUUUUUGCAAAACUGACUGGUUGGACUGGGAUAGUGAACACCUCUGUCCAGUCACAAAUUCUGAAUUGGAUUAAGGUCAUUAUAUUUGCUGCAUUUACUCUAUCUUUUACCUUUACAAACUUUCCAGGGCCUACUGCCAAGAACCAUCCAGACAUCAUGAUGCUGCCACCACCAUGCUUUAGGGUGUGUUUCUGAUGAGGUGUUUGGUGUCGAGUCUGAUGGCCAAAAAGCUCAAAUUUGAUCUCAUGAGGAGUCAUAGGUGUUUUGGUGGCCUCCCUCAUUAUUUUCUUUCUUGAGCGGUCACUCAGUUUUUGUGCCAUAUGAAUGCAUUAUAUAUUAACUGCGUUCCUCAUUGAUGAAUUCAACUUUACUCUAAGGAAUAUUCACAAACUUUAACAUGUUCUUGUAUCAUCCUCUGACUUAAGUUUUCAUUAACCUUCUCAUGAAGUUACUUGAAAUGUUAACUUGUCUUCAGGGUGUGGCCAUAGCCAGGAGUACUGGACCACCCAGAUGCAUGUGUCUGAUUACUACUCAUUUCACUCAGAUGACUUUUAGCAGCAAGUGUUAAAUAAGGUGAGUCACUUCAAAGGCUGUGAAUACUUAUACAGUUACUUAUUUUACAUUUUAUAUUUUCAAUUAUUUGACAUCGCUUUCUUCUUAAAAAGCCGAAUCAACUUGACCUUGUGGAAAAGCAGCGAAAUGGAAAAACUGCCAAAGGGGCUGAAUAUUUCUAUGCUGUAUUUAAUUAAUGGCAUGAACUAUGACAGACAUGAUUUUUCCAGGUUCCCAUGCUCCCUUGAUCUUUUUCUUUCUUUUGCAGAGCUGGUUUACACAUCUAUAGGCCGGGGUUUUUCUACUGUAGUGAUAGCGUCUUUCAUAAACCAGCUGCCUUUACAGAGAAGUUCUUUUUCAUUUGUCAUUUGGCAUGCAAAUGCCACAUUUGCUUCCCCACAACUGUGUACAAAGUGAUGCACGCAUUUAAAUGUACUGAGGAGUGAAAGCGGCAAAGAGGCAUACUGCACAGCUUUAUGACUCUCUAAGUAGUCAUGUUAUUUGAUUAAAAAAAAUUAAAUUAUCUUACAGUUAUGACUUGAAUUGCCUUCUUGUUAAUUUGUGUGUUGAAAGAAUAUCAAAGUUGAUGUGUAUUAUUUUUUAGAUGUUAACUGUCUGUACUAGUUAAUUCAAGUUACAUUUACGUAUUCGUCCAUCAGCUUCCUUAAAAUUUCUCCCUUUUUGGACAGAUGAUACGUAUUGAGCCUGAAGUUUGCUUGAUCUUCAUUUGUAUCCACAGUGUUAAAAAAAGUAAAAUGCACAAUAAUAAGCAUUUAUGAAUUUCAGAUGAAUAUAUAUUAUCCAUGAUGUCAAGUUUGGGCAUUUAAAAAUAUCCUAAAAUGUGUGGGGUUAGCAUGUUAAAACAAACCCUGUUUAGUCCAGUUGUUGAACCCUGUAAAAGCUUGAGUAGGAGCCUGUAAACUGAGUAAUAUGAUCCAGUGAAACACUCAGACGUGAUCUGUGAAACAUUAACCACAGGUUUUAGGCUCAGUUGAUUAGACUGUCAAAUUUUCACCAUUUGAAUAUUUGAGUUUGUUUACCGGGACUUUGUAUUUUGCACUGACUAUUGUGGCUGCAUAUAAUUCCAGAUUUAUUUAUUUUUAACCUUGGGACUCCUGGUAAUUUUGCUGGUUGCAUCGUUUUAUUGUCCGUUUGCCAUUCAGAAAGUUUGAUUCGCUUGUUCUGUUUUAUACUUAUGUAAACUGUCGUUAAUUUUGAAUAGCUCUUGUCAGGUUUCACUCAGGAGAACUUAACAUCAACUGGUGAUGUUCAGAAUUAAUUACAAAUGUGCAUAAACAUAUCUCGUACUGAAACUUUACACGGGAUGUGUGCAGGGCAUUGUUAAGCUCUCUGUGGGAGAUGUAAGGGUGGCAUUCUGAAAGCAGCAAUUUUUACUAGUUGAGAUUUUUUUUAUACUUGUAUUGAUUGCUUUUCUGCAAUGGUAAUAGCACUGUUUGUUUUUUUAUUAUAUAUUUGUAAGAUUCUUUCAAGGAAAAAAAUACAAUAUGUGAGAAUCAACACCGUGCGCCAGAGAUGUUCCUUUUCAUGAAAUGCAUUUUUUAAAGAAACUUUAAAGUUAUUGUAAUUAUAAUUGUGUAAAAACAAGCCAACAUUAACAUCGAUAAGACCAUAAAUAACGCAGGAAGGUGUCAGAGAGCCAUAAAGUUGAGGGUCUGACCUCAUUAUAGGACAACGAGUGACCCUGGCAAUACUGGUAAAGCUCCAAUACGACGAAAAAGCUGUUUCUGAAAUGUUUUUUUCUGACGCUUUUUAAUUAAAGAUGCCUCAAAAAUGUUCAAGUUGUGCAGCAGUAGUGUUGGAUGCAUGACUGCGCCUCAUAACAUUGCUCAUUUCUCAUUAAUUUACUCAUUCUUAUGAAAAAAUAAAACUCUCAA